AUGGCUGACUCAUCGACUCUCCAACGUGUCAAGAAGGUUACCUCGCAAGUGUCAGCCCAAGAGACCCCCCCAACCCCAUCCCUCCCCCAUCCACCACCCACCACUACAAAAGUACCCCACCCUUCUUUUCUCUUUCUCUCUCUUUCUCCAGAGAAAAGUAUAGAAAAAAGGCUCUCUUUUCUGCCUCCAAAACUGGCUAUAGAUGAUCAACAACCCACCAUAAGAGAUAUCAAACCCAAAAGCAGAAGAAUCAUGGGAGGAGGAGGAGGUUUCGAUGAUAGUGAUGAUCAUGGAGAAAACAAGUGGCCGCCAUGGCUGCGUCCGCUUCUCCAAACAAGCUUCUUUGUUCACUGCAAGGUUCACGCGGAUUCUCACAAGAGUGAAUGCAAUAUGUACUGCUUGGACUGCAUGAAUGGAGCCCUUUGCUCUCUUUGCCUCGCUUCUCACAGAGACCACCGCGCUAUUCAGAUAAGGAGGUCAUCAUAUCAUGAUGUAAUAAGGGUGUCGGAGAUUCAGAAAUAUUUGGACAUUGCAGGGGUCCAGACAUACAUAAUAAACAGUGCCAAGAUUGUGUUCUUGAACGAGAGGCCUCAGCCUAGGCCUGGAAAAGGUGUCACCAAUACCUGCCAAGUCUGUGACCGAAGCCUCCUUGAUUCCUUCAGUUUCUGCUCACUCGGUUGCAAGGUUGUUGGGACAUCAAAGAAUUCCCAGAAAAGGAAAAUGUGCAUGGAGACUGAUCAUGGCUCAGACACUGAAGAAUCACUGAAUGGCAUUAGCAAUGGAUAUGGUAAAAGCAAAGCUCAAAGCUUUACACCAUCAACGCCGCCCCCGACGGCGGUGAACUACAGAACUGCCAAAAGAAGGAAGGGAGUUCCCCAUAGAUCUCCAAUGGGAGGCCUCAUUAUAGAAUACUAAGAAAAAUAGUACCCAUAUUAUUAUACCCCAAAACACCACAAUCUUAGCAGUGUCUUCUAUGUCAGAAAGUUAAUUAUAUAACAUCUGAGCCUUUGUAGAUGGAGGCCGGUGUUGCAGACCAAUGCUCUAUGUUGUAUAGGGAAAAUUACUGUUAAAAAUAAUGGGAAAAAAUAAAUAAAUAAAAAAGGGAAAAAUAUUGAGGUUGAGAUGGGGAAAUAUAGAUACUAAGGAAUAGUUUUAUUUAUAUAUAGGUGCAUGCUUCGAUAUUAAAUGUACAUAUAUACAAGUUUGUAGAGAGAGUUUGUACUGUGAAAAUCAAUGAAUAAAAUGCUAUAGGUGUUUUGUUA